AUGGCCCGAGAAGCCCACUCCUCUCACUCCCUUUCUCAUCCGCGCAUCCCCACCGCACUCAUGCGCAGCCCACUGCUCUCACUCCCCUUCUCAUCCGCGCAUCCCCACCGCACUCAUGCGCAGCCCACUACUCGCACUCCCCUUCUCAUCCCGCAUCCCCACCGCACUCAUGCGCAGCCCACUCCUCUCACUCCCUUUCUCAUCCGCGCAUCCCCACCGCACUCAUGCGCAGCCCACUCCUCUCACCCCCCUUCUCAUCCGCGCAUCCCCACCGCACUCAUGCGCAGCCCACUCCUCUCACUCCCCUUCUCAUCCGCGCAUCCCCACCGCACUCAUGCGCAGCCCACUCCUCACACUCCCCUUCUCAUCCGCGCAUCCCCACCACACUCAUGUGCAUCCCACUCCUCUCACUCCCCUUCUCAUCCCGCAUCCCCACCGCACUCAUGCGCAGCCCACUCCUCUCACUCCCUUUCUCAUCCGCGCAUCCCCCCCGCACUCAUGCGCAGCCCACUCCUCUCACCCCCCUUCUCAUCCGCGCAUUCCCACCGCACUCAUGCGCAGCCCACUCCUCUCACUCCCCUUCUCAUCCGCGCAUCCCCACCGCACUCAUGCGCAGCCCACUCCUCUCAUUCCCUUUCUCAUCCGUGCAUCCCCACCGCACUCAUGCGCAGCCCACUCCUCUCACCCCCCUUCUCAUCCGCGCAUCCCCACCGCACUCAUGCGCACCCCACUCCUCUCACUCCCCUUCUCAUCCGCGCAUCCCCACCGCACUCAUGCGCACCCCACUCCUCUCACUCCCCUUCUCAUCCCGCAUCCCCACCGCACUCAUGCGCUGCCCACUCCUCUCACUCCCCUUCUCAUCCCGCAUCCCCACCGCACUCAUGCGCAGCCCACUCCUCUCACUCCCUUUCUCAUCCGUGCAUCCCCACCGCACUCAUGCGCAGCCCACUCCUCUCACCCCCCUUCUCAUCCGCGCAUCCCCACCGCACUCAUGCGCACCCCACUCCUCUCACUCCCCUUCUCAUCCGCGCAUCCCCACCGCACUCAUGCGCAGCCCACUCCUCUCACUCCCCUUCUCAUCCCGCAUCCCCACCGCACUCAUGCGCUGCCCACUCCUCUCACUCCCCUUCUCAUCCCGCAUCCCCACCGCACUCAUGCGCUGCCCACUCCUCUCACCCCCCUUCUCAUCCGCGCAUCCCCCCUGCACUCAUGCGCAGCCCACUCCUCUCACCCCCCUUCUCAUCCGCGCAUCCCCACCGCACUCAUGCGCAGCCCACUCCUCUCACCCCCCUUCUCAUCCGCGCAUCCCCAUCGCACUCAUGCUCAGCCCACUCAUCUCACUCCCCUUCUCAUCGGCGCAUCCCCAUUGCACUCAUGCGCAUCCUACCCUUCCCACCCCCGUACGCAUCCGCGCAUCCAACGCGCAUACCUCGAUGGCGUUUAACGGAAUCUCUGCUGCCCACGAUUUUGCUUCAGUCUCCGUGA